AGCAGGCACUACCUUCUCUCUCUCUCUCUCUCUCCGCUGUGUGAGGCAGAAGCCAUGGGCGAGCGACGUGUCCCCUUCUCCUUCCUGCGCCACCCCAGCUGGGACCCCUUCCGCGACUGGCACCACGGCAGCCGGCUCGUCGACCAGUCCUUCGGCAUGCCCGCCCUGAUGGAAGACUGGUACCCGCAUCCGAGCGGGCACUGGCCCGGGUACCUCUCCUCCGGCCCCAUGGGCAGCCUUCCGAUGCCAGCCUAUGCUCGGGCCAUGUCCCGGGGCAUAUCCGAGAUCAAGAACUCCCAGAACACGUGGAAGGUCACCCUGGACGUCAACCACUUUUCCCCCGAGGAGCUGGUGGUGAAGACCAGGGAUGGAGUCGUGGAGAUCUCUGGGACUCAUGAGGAAAGGAGAGAUGAACAUGGUUAUGUGUCCAGAUGCUUCACCAGGAAAUACACACUGCCCCCUGGUGCUGACAGUGAGAAGGUCGUCUGCUCCCUCUCUCCUGAGGGCCUGCUCAUACUGGAGGCCCCCCUGCCCAAGGCAGACAACCCAGGAGGCGAUGUCAGCAUCCCUGUGUUCAAGUCCAAGAAGUAAAGCUUCCCAGGCGGGGCCCUGUCAUUGGAGGAGGGGCCCUGUCAUUGGAGGGGGGGCUCUGUCAUUGGAGGGGGGUACCAGCUCACAAGUGCAAGCCAUCACAAGUCAAUGCAGCUGCUCCAGCUAUGUUUUAUUGUGUGUAGAGAUACGUCGAUUGUACCAUCAAGGCAUCUUUCCUUCUUAAAGACCUCAGUAUUAAGACCUGUGUGAAUACAUCUGGAAGUAUACUCUUAUAUACUCAUAUUCUUGAGAAAAGCAAACUGAAAACUCUCCAGCAUUCUGCCUCUUCUCAGUUUCUCUGAUCCUGUUGCUUAGCUGAGGAGCAGUUUGAGGAGUCUCUUUUAUGUCAGUUUGUUUGGUGAGGUUUAAUUUGAUUGACACAGUUAAAUCAGCUUUUUGGUAAAUCAAAGCAAAGCCAUGCUACUGUUUUGUAAUCAUUUUUGCUACUUUUUUCAUAUUGUGAAAUGUAUUACUUUUAUUGGUCAUGCAUUUUAAUAUCUGGUCUGUGGUUGCAUUUGUGGAGCUGUAUCUGUUACAGGUGGGAAGUAAUAAAAUCAGUUUUU